GAGACGCGACGCGCGCAGCCCAACAAGUAGCCUUUACGCGACGGCGCAGCCGGAGCCACAGCCGAGAGCCCCACGUAGCGCGACUCCGCGAUGAGCUCCAUCUUGGACGUCAACACCAUCUUCCAGAACCUGCGUAACCUGUCGCUGAACGAGGACCAGGACAUGCCCUCCUCGCGCCGCGACUCCGCCUGUUCCCUGGACACGCCCUACAGCAGCGGGGACUCCUCCUCCCAGCUGUGGCCCCUUCGUAGCCACUGGAGCCCCGGUUCCGAGCAGCAGCUGCGCCCCCUCAGCGAGCCUGCCCGCCGCCCGCCUUUGAGGCCCGACCGCUCCAUCAGCCUCAUCGAAGGCAGCAAGGCGCUGCCGCCACCCCCUCCGGGCUUCCCUCCCCUCAAGCUGCCCUCGCUGGCCGCACCUCCGCUCUCUUCCCGCUACAAAACAGAGCUGUGCCGCACCUUCAGCGAGACGGGCAAGUGCAAGUACGGGGCCAAGUGCCAGUUUGCCCACGGCGCGGCCGAGCUGCGCACGGUCAGCCGCCACCCCAAGUACAAGACGGAGCUGUGCCACAAGUUCUACAUCCACGGCGAGUGCCCCUACGGCUCCCGCUGCCACUUCAUCCACUCCCUCGAGGAGGCGCAGGCCUGCUCGCCGUCCUCGUCCUCGCCGCAGCUCCUGCGCCAGAGCGUCAGCUACUCCGGAGUGCCGGCCGGGCGCCGCUCUUCCCCUCUGCACGGCAUCACCGACCCAGCUUCCUUUGCCCGGGCGCCGUCCGUCUCGCCGCCUCCGGCCCCUGCCGACCUCCUCUCCCCGACCUUUGGGCACCUGAACUCAGAUCCCAUCUCUCGUUUCCACACGCUGGGGGAGGCCCUGGCCAUCCCGGCCUCCGGGGGGUGCUGCUCGUGCCGCUGCGGCAAGUCAGCCAGCUUGUCCGGCCCUCUCCAGACCCAACACCGGGACCUCUUCUCCGCUGCCCCGGGGACGCCGACCUCUGCGGCCGCUUCUGGCAACCUGCCCCGGACGCCUUCCUCCAACUCUCUCUCCGACCCCGACUGCUACAGCAGCUCCAGCAGCCUGAGCGGCUCCGACUCGCCCGUCUUCGACUUCCACGCCCCCAGCGGGCCCGUGGGGAGCAGCAACCGGCUGCCCAUCUUCAACCGAAUCUCCGUCUCGGAGUGAGCCCUCCCGGCAACGGCCGCCUUUGCCAGUUUGUGGAUUUAUACGGGGAGUGAUUUGUCGCUGCGCAGGUGUUUCAUAUGACCUUCCCGGUUUGUGGGGGCCUGUUUGAACCACCCUUUGGACUCGAUCCCUCAGAGCAGUCACUGGCCCGGGUCAAGAAGCCGCACGCAGGACUUCCUGGUGUUUUGCCGCGUCCUUUUCACCGGCGGAAGAGGGAGAGAAAAGCGCAAAAGAGGAGGCUGGAACCCUCCUUCCUGUCUCCCCUCCGUCGAAGUGUGCCUGGAAAACGCCUUUUAAAAGAGAGAGAGAGAGAAAAUAACAACAACCCAAAUUGGUUCUGGCUUGUUGUGUUUACCCCACAAGUGCCUUGCGCUGGCUCGAAGAGGGCACAGCCCCCCAAUCCAAUACGUCAGGGGCCGAGAGUCUCGCUUGCGUCCAACAGCAGGUAGUUAGCAAUGUGAUUGGCAGGUGACCGGAGCAAGCCUUUGACAGUGGGGCAGUCCCCCCCCCACCCUCUGCUUCCUCACCUGGGUUUUGCUCUUCCCCACCCUAGUGACAUUCCCCCCCCCAGCACACCCUUUUUAACAUGACAAACCCUCCCCCUUCCCAUUCAUUUAACCCACCACUGCAGUGGAAAUCGCAAAUCGGACGAAACAGGAUGAUUCCUCUGGCGAGAGACUAAAGAGAGAGAGAUUGGCGAUGGCCGGGUUUGGCUCCCUGGCCUCUGGUUGCUGACCCCUUACAGAGCUCCGCCUCCACUUCCGCUCUCUUAAAACUACGCAAAAAGAGGGAAAACAGUGCCUUGUCCCUGAAAGUGCCAUGUUGGAUGGGGCAGAUAAAAGCCGAAAGUGUGAGGCUUAUCCCAACUGCCCACCUCUCUCGUGUCUCUUUUGUCCAUCCUGUGAAAUUUUGCUGUUACGGGGUGGCAGCUAGGAGAUCUCUCCCCCCCCCCCCCGUAACAUUCCUUCAUCCCUCCCCAGUCUGCUAAACUCCUUUGCUUUGGCUUGGGGGGGAGGUGGAGAUCACAGACACAUUGAGAGGGAUUCCAUGGGUCAUCUUGUCCCUGGCAUUCCUCUACCUGUCGAGCAUCACUCCUCCAAGCCCCAAGCCGUCCCAAAUAUCUCCGCAGUGGGGAAAUGGAGCAGUUUCGCCCGUCUCGUCGCCCCCACCCCACUUUGUAUGUAGCAAAUUAACUCUUCCUCUUUGGGAAGGGGGAACAGACGACACGGCGGUUGGAAAUUUGGCUGAGGAGAGAGGCCAUCAUGAUGGUGUUUCCUCUGCUGGUUUCCCGUUUAUUUAUUUUUUAAAAUAAAAUAAAAAAUACCUGGUUGCUUCUAACAUACUGUGAAUGCCUGCACCUCGGUGCCUUAAUGGGCAACCCCCAUCCCCUCGCACACAAACAACAAGGGGCUGAGAGUUGGGUUUAACCGAAAAUCAAAAAUCAAAAUAGCAUUGGCCGUUAGCAUGGAAGCUGGAGGAACCUUGAAUUUUUCUGAGAUUGCAAAAGAAGAGACCCCCCGCCUGUGGUUUUCUGUCUUUUGGUGGAAAGGUGGGAAAAAGCCACCCUCAGCCCAUGAUCGCACCUAGGUGUGUCUUGCUAUUUCACACUUAUUUACACUGAUCACUAUGAGCGUGGAAGGAUGGAGACCAGAGGCUUAAGGAGGGACUGAGCAGCCAUGAGGGGUUGGGGUGGAAUUCUUAAUCUCAUUAUAUAUAUAUAAUAUAUAUAUAUUAUAUAUAUAUAUAAUGUUGAUGCUAAUUACCUGCGUCUAAUUAUUGUGGGGAACGUAUGUGUCUGUGUGUAUUUUUAUUUCAUUUAAAAUGAGCCCUCAAUGUUUACCUUGUAAUACUGCGAUAAGCGAAAAAACCAAAAUGUAAACUAUUUAUAGACUCUUUAUUUAUUCAAACAAUUUUAUAUUCUAUUUAUCUUUUUUGUAAUAUUCCAAAAUAAUAUAUAUAUAUAUAUAUUUUCGUGUUUGAAAUAUGGAAAAAAGAGAACAUUGUGCUAAAAUUUAAAUUGUUUAUGGAAAAAAAAUAAGUUUGCUAAUUUUCUUCGCUAGGAAAAAAAGUUUGCUAUUUCUUUUCUCAAUAUGAGAAUUUCAGAUAAAAAAAGCAACUAAUAAUGGUGCCGUUAAUUAUUAUUAUUGAUAAUAAUAAAUUCAAAGAUCGAAAUGACCUGUGAUGUUUGUGGCUAUUUAUUUGCAGUACAUAAGUGAUGAGUCGCCUUGAGAAGAAGCUGCAUUUCUUAUAUUUCUGCAGCACAUUCCAGUUUUAAGGGCAGGGGCAAAGACGACACGAUUCGAGGCAGGUUGAACUCAAUGGGAAGGCGACCAAGAGCAGAGCUCGAGCGCUUCCUUUUAUUGAAAGCUCAGGAUGACAGUUAAUCAUUACAACGACAGUGUAACUUCUAGCCAAUUACAGCAGUGCAGUCCCAUACAAGGUGAUGUUUCCUGUAACGUCACAACCGGUCACUCCCUAAGACAUCCUCCAUAGCCCACGUGUUGUUUUGCCAUGCCCUCUGUCCAUGCUCCAAGCACAUGUCACUCUGUAAACACCCCCUCCUUAUUCCCAUUGUGUUGCCCUCCUUGGCUUGACCCAUCUGGUUUGUCCUGAUUCAUCCAGUUCCGUCCAGAUCCUCCUAGAUCCUUCUAGCUCUGUUGUGACCUGUUGCCCUGCUGACCUGAGCCUCUGGCCUGUCCUUCUUCACAUGUUUCCCAUUCUGACAUUAGCCGGCUUGCCGCGCUAAUGCCCACACUCUCGAAGAUCGGUGUGGCUUGCCAGCACCAGAUCUCAGUCAUUCCCACACAUGCCAGCACAAUUUCCUCGUGUAAUCCCCACA